CCUUUUAGCUCUAUUCUCCUCCCACUCUCUUUCCUUCUUAUUAGAUAUUUCAUCUUACUGCAGGGCAUAGAAUCAAUAGGAGCUUCUCCUUAGGGAGCUGCCGUGAAGCCAGCAAGGACAGUAGGAAUUAAGACAGUAACAGACUCUUGCUUUCACAAAAGAUCUAGUGGUUUUUGUGCUGCGUCGUAUACACAUGUUAUCCAGAAAGAGCAGACUUAGAUCACCAGUGCUUCCUUACUGAUGCCUUGGAACCAGGAGCCGUAUUGCAGAGCUGUGAAAGUGCUUGGGAGAAGAGAAGGUUGCUUGAAUUCUGGAUAUUCUCAGACAGUCUACAGGACAAACCUGUUAGAAUAUUUGUCUUUGCCUCCAUUUGCUCUGUGGUUGGGUUGGUGGUGGUGUGAGGGGGAGGCGUGUUGGUUUUUUUGUGUUUUGUUUUGUUUUUUAACCUCUAACAUUUGAUAAUCUAAAGAAGAGACUAUAAUCUUCAGGAUACAGCAUUUGCUUUGCCUCUGAUGCAGAAGACUCUGUGGUGCUUGCUCUUCAGAAUGAAAUAAGUUGAAGAAAAAACAGCCACAUUACAGAGAAGACAGGUUUCACGGAUUCCAGGAGCACAGAUUCCAUGCAUAUUGCCUAUUUGCUUUGACUGAUAAAUACAGUAUUAGCUUCUGUGCUGCCAAUGUGUACGUCUGUGUCAGAUGCCUGAGGACACAUGUAACUGUGUGCUGAGCCAGAAAUCUAAACAUCUUAUUUGAUGUUACUUGCUUGUAAACUGACAUUUAAGGAGAAUUCUUACACUUAGAACAAUACUCUGCUUCUGAAAGCUUCUGAUUUUUGUAAAGAGGGUUGGAGGAACUGCCUUUAUAUAACAAUGAUGGUAUAUGGAUUGUAAAAAGAAACUUAGCAGAAUUUUGUCAACAUACACAUCAGUGUGGCUCUGGUUUAAAAGAGAAAUUACCCCCUCCAGCCACAGAAAUGGCUUUUCUUGUUCGCUGUUACGCCAAUUGUCUUCAGCCAUGGGCCUCCAAACUUCCAGCUGAUCUUACCAAGAUGCACCUCACAGACAACCCUCAUCCACAGGUGACUCAUGUGUCUUCUAGUCAGUCUGGCUGUAGCAUUGCCAGUGACUCUGGGAGCAGCAGUUUAUCCGAUAUCUACCAGGCUACAGAAAGUGAAGUAGGAGAUGUAGAUUUAACACGUCUUCCAGAAGGACCUGUUGAUUCUGAGGAUGAAGAGGAUGAGGAAGAGGAGAUUGAUCGAACAGAUCCACUGCAGGGUAGAGAUCUUGUUCGAGAGUGUCUUGAAAAGGAACCUGCAGACAAAACUGAUGAUGACGUUGAACAGUUGCUUGAGUUCAUGCACCAGCUCCCUGCCUUUGCAAACAUGACCAUGUCUGUAAGGAGAGAGCUCUGCUCUGUCAUGAUUUUUGAAGUAGUGGAGCAGGCUGGGGCUGUUAUUCUUGAAGAUGGGCAAGAGCUUGACUCCUGGUAUGUCAUUUUAAAUGGCACUGUAGAAAUUAGUCAUCCAGAUGGGAAAAUUGAAAAUCUCUUCAUGGGAAAUAGUUUUGGAAUUGUCCCCACUCUGGACAAGCAAUACAUGCAUGGAGUCGUCAGGACCAAGGUCGAUGAUUGUCAGUUUGUCUGUAUAGCACAACAGGAUUAUUGGAGAAUUUUAAAUCAUGUGGAAAAAAAUACCCAUAAAGUUGAGGAGGAGGGAGAAAUUGUCAUGGUACAUGAGCACCGAGAACUAGACCGGAGUGGAACCAGGAAAGGACACAUUGUAAUCAAGGCAACACCUGAGCGUCUGAUCAUGCAUUUGAUAGAAGAACAUUCUAUUGUGGACCCAACAUAUAUAGAAGAUUUCCUAUUAACUUACAGGACAUUUCUUGAAAGUCCUUUGGAUGUUGGGAUCAAGCUUUUGGAAUGGUUUAAGAUUGACAGCUUAAGGGAUAAGGUGACCCGGAUUGUACUCUUAUGGGUAAAUAAUCAUUUUAAUGAUUUUGAAGGUGAUCCUGCUAUGACUCAAUUUCUAGAAGAAUUUGAAAAAAAUCUGGAAGAUACAAAAAUGAAUGGUCACCUCAGGUUAUUGAAUAUUGCCUGUGCUGCAAAGGCUAAGUGGAGGCAAGUUGUGCUACAGAAGGCAUCCCGUGAGUCCCCGCUGCACUUCAGCCUGAAUGGAGGCAGUGAGAAGGGAUUCGGUGUCUUUGUUGAAGGAGUAGAACCUGGGAGCAAAGCUGCUGAUGCAGGACUGAAACGGGGUGAUCAGAUAAUGGAAGUCAAUGGACAAAACUUUGAGAAUAUUACAUAUGUUAAAGCUCUUGAAAUUUUGAGGAAUAAUACUCACCUUGCACUUACUGUGAAGACCAACAUUUUUGUGUUCAAAGAAUUGCUCAGUAGGACUGAACAAGAGAAAUCUGGUGUUCCUCAUAUUCCCAAAAUUGCUGAAAAAAAAAGUAAUCGCCAUUCAAUCCAGGAUGUCCCAGGAGAUAUUGAACAGACAUCGCAGGAGAAAGGGAAUAAGAAAGUUAAAGCAAACACCGUUUCAGGGGGAAGAAACAAAAUCAGAAAAAUUUUGGAUAAAACAAGAUUUAGUAUCUUGCCUCCAAAACUAUUUAGUGAUGGAGGCCUGAGCCAAUCACAAGAUGACAGCAUCGUGGGAACCAGGCACUGUAGGCACAGCCUGGCUAUAAUGCCAAUUCCUGGAACUCUCUCAUCCAGCAGCCCAGAUCUCUUGCAGCCCACCACCAGCAUGUUGGACUUUUCCAAUCCUUCAGCUGUUGGUUUUUACUAUAUUCCUGAUCAAGUUAUAAGAGUUUUCAAAGCAGAUCAACAGAGUUGCUACAUUAUCAUCAGUAAAGAUACCACAGCUAAAGAAGUGGUCUGCCAAGCUGUUCAGGAAUUUGGUUUGACUGGUGCAUCUGAGACAUAUUCUCUCUGUGAAGUUUCUGUUACUCCUGAGGGUGUCAUAAAGCAGAGAAGACUUCCGGACCAGUUCUCCAAAUUAGCUGAUAGAAUUCAACUCAAUGGAAGGUAUUAUCUAAAAAAUAACAUGGAAACAGAAACAUUAUGUUCUGAUGAAGAUGCCCAAGAACUACUUAAGGAAAGCCAACUGUCCAUACUGCAGCUCAGCACCAUUGAAGUUGCCACCCAGCUGUCAAUGAGGGACUUUGAUUUGUUUCGUAAUAUUGAGCCUACUGAAUACAUUGAUGAUCUUUUUAAAUUAGAUUCCAAAACAGGAAAUACUCACUUGAAACAAUUUGAGGACAUUGUAAACCAAGAGACAUUCUGGGUUGCCUCAGAGAUUUUAAGUGAAUCCAAUCAGCUCAAAAGAAUGAAGAUUAUUAAACAUUUUAUUAAAAUUGCCCUUCAUUGCCGAGAAUGCAAGAACUUCAAUUCCAUGUUUGCAAUAAUAAGUGGCUUGAACCUGGCACCGGUAGCACGACUCAGAGGCACUUGGGAAAAGUUACCAAGCAAAUAUGAGAAACAUCUCCAAGAUCUCCAAGACCUUUUUGACCCAUCUAGAAACAUGGCAAAAUACAGAAAUAUUCUUAGUAGUCAAAGCAUGCAGCCUCCAAUUAUUCCACUCUUCCCUGUUGUCAAGAAAGAUAUGACAUUUCUUCAUGAAGGAAAUGACUCCAAAGUAGAUGGCUUAGUAAACUUCGAGAAGCUAAGAAUGAUUGCCAAGGAAAUCCGUCAUAUUGUUCGAAUGACUUCUGCUAACAUGGACCCUGCCAUGAUGUUCCGACAGAGGAAGAAGAGGUGGCGGAGUCUGGGGUCCUUGAGUCAAGGCAGCACAAACUCAAACAUGCUGGAUGUUCAGGGGGGUGCUCACAAGAAAAGAGCACGCCGCAGCUCACUGCUGAAUGCCAAGAAGCUAUAUGAAGAUGCGCAAAUGGCCAGGAAAGUGAAACAGUAUCUUUCUAGUCUGGACAUAGACACAGAUGAGGAGAAGUUCCAGAUGAUAUCACUGCAGUGGGAGCCUGCAUAUGGUACCUUGACAAAGAACUUAACUGAAAAAAGGUCAGCCAAGUCAUCUGAAAUGUCUCCCGUGCCUUUGAGGUCAGUUGGCCAAACAGCAAAAGUCCACCUGCAUCAGCCACACAGAGUGAGCCAGGUGCUUCAGGUGCCAGCAGUUAAUUUGCACCCCAUCCGGAAGAGAGGACAAGCCAAAGACCAUGUGCUGAGUACAAGUUUACCUCAGAAAGGUUUAGGACCAACUGAAGAAGUGAGUGGUAAGAAACACACAGAAGACACUGUUUCUGUGGCAUCCUCUCUGCAUUCUAGCCCUCCUGCAUCUCCUCAAAGUUCCCCUCGCAAAGGUUAUACACUCAUACCAUCAGCUAAGUCUGACAACUUGUCUGACUCCAGCCACAGUGAAAUCUCCUCUCGGUCCAGCAUUGUGAGCAACUGUUCUGCGGACUCCAUGUCUGCAGCUCUGCAGGAUGAGCGGUGUUCUGCCCACACCCUAGCAGUUCCUGAGCCCACAGGGGCAUUGGAAAAGACAGAUCACCCUUCAGGGAUCAGAGACCACAGUCAGCUUGGUCAUGGGUGGAUGCUGUCGAAGCCGUCUCUUAUCAAGGGUGUAGCUGUCCCGUCUUCUCUGAGCAGUGAAGAGAUGUCUCAGGAGCAGGUUGUGCUGGAAGCAGCUGACAGUGGGCGGGGCAGUUGGACUUCCUGCUCCAGUAGUUCCCAUGACAACUUCCAAAGCCUUCCAAACCCGAAAAGCUGGGACUUUCUGAACACUUACAGACACACACAUUUAGAUGACCCUAUUGCUGAGGUUGAGCCUACUGACUGUGAGCCCUGUGCCUGCCCUAAAGGCUGCUCAAGAACUUGUGGCCAGUGCAAAGGCAGCCUAGAGACAACCCAGCUGAGGCAGAGUUGGGCCUCUUCCAGCUCCCUUUCUGACACAUACGAACCGAACUAUGGGACAGUUAAGAGGAGGGUAUUGGAAAGUGCACCAGCAGAGGCACCUGAUGGCUUGGAGCCCAGGGACACCACUGACCCUGUUUAUAAAAUGGUCACUUCCAGUACAGACAGAGGUUUGAUUGUGUACUGUGUCACCUCACCCAAGAAAGGUGAUAGGUAUAGGGAGCCACCUCCCACUCCUCCAGGAUAUCUGGGAAUUUCUUUAGCGGACCUAAAGGAAGGACCCCACCCUCAUCUAAAACCUCCAGACUAUAGCGUGGCAGUACAGAGGUCAAAGAUGAUGUUUAACAGCCUGUCUAGACUGCCGCCAGCUCCUCCCAGUAGCCACACCUCGGCCUGGGUUCCCUCGAAGACUGGAUCCCAGCCUCACAGGCAUAGCUUGCAGCCGUCCCAUCCCAAACUAGCAGAUGUGGCUGAUGCAGAUAGCGAAGCAGAUGAAAAUGAGCAGGUGUCUGCAGUCUAGCCUUUGGAUGCCCGUUGGAGACCCCUGGAAGUCAGGAGCAUGGACAAGAAAGAGCUCGUGGUUCUGCAGGCCAAGGCCAACAGCUCACUGCUGCCACCAACCCUGAGGUUUCCUCGCUGGGCUGAGGAGGAGCUCUUCCUGAGUCAUGCUUCCUUUUCUUCUGUCCCUGCAGGUGCAGUCUCCCUAACUGGAUGUUGCACCUGAUCCCAGCCUACACUUUGCACAUCACUCCUGCCUUGGGACCAUAUUCAAGCUCAGAGUUGCCCCCCUGUAUAUCACUAUAGGUUUCUCUUUUUGUACAUCAUUUUAAAGAUAGUGGUAUUAUUAUUUCCAAGCCAUAGCUUGGGCUAAAGGACACAUUCAAAAUGUCUGCCAGUACCAAGGAUAGUCUUGUGUAUUUGAAAAGUAACUUAUUAUUUAAAGUAUUGUGGUUUGUUUGUAUUCAGGAGCUCUUGUUCGCUGUUGUUUGUCUGAGGCUAUAAAGCUGUCUAUGGUCUGAGCAGCAGAUAUAAUCCUGACACAGGUACAGAGAUAUGGCACUAUUGUAGCAGACACUCAGGUGGGAACUAGACCCCUGUACAGGUGAAGUGUGAGCAGCCUGCUCAUCAUGGCAUGGGCUGUAUCAGCCACAGGGGUCUUGGCAAUCUUUUGAAAAGGAGAGCAGAGAUCGAAUAGGAAGGGAGAACCCCAAUUUCCAAAGAAGGAACAGUUAACAUUGAGUCUGUUUCUGAAGUGACCAUCAUGCUGCAUCCAGUUGUGAGGAUCCUAUAAAUCCAAUGGGAAUGGCUUCUAGAAAGUUUUGUUUCUAUAGGAACCCUCCCUAAGCUAACAUUUCACAACUCAAGCGUAGAACUCCUAGUUUAAAAGAAAUAUUGUAGAAGCUGGAGAGAUGGCUCGGGUUAAGAUACUCUUGCAGAGGGCCCUGGUUUACUUCCUAGCACUCACAUGGCGGCUUACAACUGCCUGUAACUCCAGGAGAGGGGUCCAACACCCUCUUCUGGCCUCCAGAAGCACUGCAUGUAUGUGGUGCACAGACAUACGUACAGGCAGAACACCCCUACACACAAAAUCAUGGGUAAUAAUAAUUUUUCUGAAGUAUCAUGGAUGUAAUUCUGGUCACCUUGACUCACUCGAUGGCUUGCACUCCACAACCACGUGUGCGGUCGGACUUGAGCUUCGGACCCUCCACAGAGCUCAGCAACAAGGGAUAGACUUGUGUAAGAGAGGGGUACUAGGAUAACAGAGGGGACUUCUGCCCUGGAGAAGACAUCCUUUGGGACCUCCUGGAUAUGGCACUCUAUUCAAAUCCAGUGACUGCUUAAUAAAGUGGACUUUUCACAUUUUUACAAAUUAAACGUAAUACUUUGUAGUUAAUGUAUUUAAAUGUUAAAUAACAUUUAAAGUUUUUCAUUUGCUUUUUAAUGAAAAGGCAAAUAAGAUUUCAUAAACUUCUGUAAUUACCAAAAAAAAAAAAAAAGCCAAAGCCAUUAUAAGUGCACUAACCAUGACAGCAUUGCUACAGAGCAGUCACAUGACCAACUGCCUUUUCAAGACUCUGCUUUUCCGUUGCUCUCUUCCUGUUUCCUGCCCGAUCACUUGAGAAUCAGAACAGUUGUAAAUGUAACAGUGUGUGUCCUCCCACAGAAUGCCUGUGUCUUUAGGAAAAGUAGUGGCUGAAGAAUUCCCCUGGGGAGACAUUAACCCAAAAGCCUUAGACAUGAGCCGAGGGGCACUGCAGUGCGCUGAGGCAGAGCUUUGCUGGCCCUCUAAAACUGAAAGCAGCCUGGGUAGCAGCUGAAGCUUGACAGCCAUGCUUAACUCAUCUGGCCUAUGAACUGUGCUGUCCUCUGGUUGUGAAUUUUUUAUUCACCUAUUUGCAUAAUAUUGUUUUCAUGUCCAAAACAAAAUAAAUAUUUUUGCUAUAUCCACCUUUUUAAUCAAAGUUUGGGUACUCACUGUCACCAUUUUCUAUCCAUGACUCUAGAAAAACAUGCUGUAUGCACAGCCUCUGUUCAUCCAACAGGUCUUCAGACGGAGCCUCGCCUGCCUUGGUCCUUAAUGGUAUAAAUAUCUUGCACAGAGCAUUGAGGCCUGUGGCUUUGAACUUGCACUGUGUAGCUGCCUUGGUUAUAUCGAGCUUUAUCUGUGAGUGUUCAGACCAACUGAUCACAUUGAUCAGAAUGAAAACCAAAUGUUUGAUGUAUAUGAGUCCCUGAAAAAAAUCAUGUCUGCCUUUUUUUACUUUGUCAUGUGACUAGAGCAAGGGAAGCCUUAAAGCCCAUGCUUGCUCCAGUUCCAACUGCCCAUUUGUCCCUGUUCUGUGUCCAACAUCACUAAAGAGACUAGUGCCCAGCGUCUGCCAAGACUGUCGAAGCAGGAGACCCUGAGUGCAGACUUUUUCAAACAGUGAAAGAGUCGAUUAGUGAGUCCCAGUGCUACUUAAAGCAGGGGCACUUGCAAUCCCCAGACUUCGUUUCCUCUAACUGGUGUCUUUCAACAGGACCUUCGGGGAGAAAAAUCCUUUAGAGAGUAUUUAUGAGGGUGACAUGUUCAUCACCUCUGUGUUCUCUACCAAACUGGAAGAGUAGCAGAAACUAUCAAGAGUUUCUUUAUAAUUACAAAGAAAAAAAAAAAAAGGGACUCCUUAAAUUUAAAACAGUGAUCAUUUGGAAGGUUCUACACAGACAUUGAGUGUAGUCUUUCAGAAUUCCAUUACAUGCUACAAAAAAGGGGGGGGAUCAGCCUUGAGACGAGUUGGGUACAUUUUCAAGUUGAAACUUGAACCUUAAUUCAUCUUUAGCUUUUGUGCUAUUUAAAAGGCCUCUUUAUUUUUAAUGUACAGAAUGCAGUUGAACAUGAUAGAUGUUUUAACAUUGAAAUGUGAGUUUAUCAAAAAGCAAAAGCAAAAUUGCACAGUUAUGUAAUCAAGUGACAGUUUCUGCACAAUUCAGUGAUUGUAAGGCAUCCUGUAACAAGCAAUGUUGUCUCCUAGUUUCUGAUGCCUCUUAAACUUAUGUCUUUUAGAAAGACAGUGCCUCUGUAUGCUUUUGUAUUUUUACUGAGUGUAAAUACUUGUUAUAUUUUUGGUUAAGAGAAUGUAAGGGUAUCAUUUAUUACCACAUCUCCUAACACAUUGGAACCAAUAAAGAACCUGCAUUAACUGUG